CUCGCGAACACGGUGCUCAUCAGACUUCAUAAGCAUGUUCUAUCAUCCGCCUAAUUGCUGAAACUCCAUGCUGACAAGCUUCGAAGACGUUAUAGGUUAUAGUGAAUGUUGCUGUCACUUUUUUAACUUUCCAAACCAUUCAAAGUUUUUUCUCUAGAAACAGGAGAGAAUUGCUAGAGGAACAGUUGGGGAUGUAGAAGUCAAGUGUCUGGUGCUCGAUAUUGAAAUUAAAAACCAGCUUCUGUGAGAACUUUACAUUCGGCUAUGCAAAAUCGUGUAGUUGACUUUGUGCACUAAAAUCCUACUUAUUAUUAUGAUGUGACCGAGUUUCGUCCGGCAUAACCGAGUCUCACUGGUGCUGUAAACGUCCUAGAUGCCCUUAUAUACCCCUUUAGUCCUCCUAAAUCUAAACUCAGGAUAACUCUGGUUCUCGAAAAUGCUGCAUGGAUCCUUAUAAUAAGAUGGCAAUUGUCAUCCUGUUCAUGCUCUUUGUCAAUAGUUACUCAGCAGCUGUUAUGAGCUUCGGCGAAGGUGAGAACCCUGCAGAGUCGCUGAGCAAGGUCAUGAAUCAGAGGAACAAGAGAGGGUUGAUAAUGCUCGAAGCUGUGUCCGACUAUGACAAACCAGGGCCAAACCCGAAGCACGACCAAGGAAAAGGGAAACCCGGUCCUGGUGGAGGCGGCACCUCCAACCCCUGACCUGCCCGCUUCUUCCUACUUUUAAGCGCUUCUUCUGUUUACUCCAAUAAAAGUUGUUGCUUUCAAUAAGGAGACUGGGACUUUUGACUGCACUACGAUCAAUCUUAGUUCAUCUGUUAUGAUGUUCGAUGCUAAAGUUAAGAUUUUUAAGGUUGAUGUACCCAUCGGCAGGAACCGGUAAUGAUUAUGCUCCCCGUUCCUGUUAUCUACAAUUUGCUCUGGUUUAACAACUCACAAAUAGAUCUCUCUCGUCUUGCUCUUCUAAGCAAACUUGUGGGCCGUUUUACUUCUUAAACUAGAAGGUCACUAUGUUAGCACUUUCCUAAAUAGAUUAUACGAAUGGAGACUUUAGAGUUGUUGUGGGGAACAUGGAAGAAGGUACCGGAAACUGAAGCCCAGUGCUUACAGGUUUUUUAAGCGGGUGUUUAUCUCUUCGGUUUGUUCUGA